AGUCUGUAUUUAUUGAGCUAAACAAAAAACCAACAACAUGGAAACGAGGAGAAAGAGACACCUCUCUUCCAUAGAAUCAAGCUCGAAGUCCAAAAGACCCAGAAGAAGGACCGAAGUUUCACUGCCAGAAAACAAAGAAAGAUCGAAUCAAGAGAUGGACAUCAACAUAAAGAAGUUGAAGAAAGAAGAUGAGGUAAUAACCAUAGAAUUAGAUGAAAAUGAAACUUUUGACUACUCAUCAAAAAAGGCAAGAAACUCCAGUAAUCUAAAGGAUCAUGUGUCAAAAGCUGAUAAAUGCUCUCUUAAAGAUCACAAAGAGGUCCCACUAGAUGUCCAAGGCUCUCUUGAAAGAGAGGAGAAACCAAAUCAACUAUUGUGCAACAAGCAUCCUUUUUUAAAUGCAUCAGAGAUACCAACAGAAGAGAAUGCUGAAAAGGAUGUAGUUGAACCUUUACCUCCAGAAAUACCUUCAUCUGUCAAGAACAUCAGAACCUCAAAUGAACAAAGUGAAUCACUAAUUCAGCCGUCUACCAGAGAACAAACAGAACAGGAGACACCACUGGUAACUCAAUCCAGCAGGACUACUGCUAAACAGAUGUUGGAUACUAGAGAUGAGGAAUCUCUAGUUGCAGCCCAAUCAAUGACAAGCUUGGCAAAUGGACACUGUUCAAAUGGAGCACAUAUACCAGUGGAGGAGCAAAGUCCAAGCAGCAUAGCUGAGGUAGAUAGAUCCCCAAGAAAGAGGGGAAAUAAUAAUGAGGAAGAGAUUCCUAAUAUCAGAUACAGAAUGGACCCCACCUACCAAGAUCUCAGUGGAGAAUCAAAUGCAAAUCCUACAGAAAAACAAGGUAUUGAUGAAUCAUCAAUUCCUUCAAUGCAGCCAGGUAACGAGUGGAAUGCACAAGGAGUACCUCUGCAUAGCAGUAACCUUAACAAUCGCUGGAACUAUCAUUCUCACAGUUACAGCUGCAAUCAAAACAAUAUUUUACCACCUGCUUCCAGCCUCCUGAAAGUUCCUCGAAUAUAUGAUGAAAAUAUGAACAUACAACAUGGACCAAACAGUUACCAGACAGCCAGAUCAGGACCGAUGCCAGGGUUUGCCAAUAAUAUGGGUCAGGCUAUACAAACAGUAUCCACCCCUACAAGAAUGGAAAACCAUUACGAAGGUCCCCACAUGUCUGUGCCAGAUUCCCAUUUUCCUUACCACAGUCAAAUGAUGAAUAACCCAGAAUACUAUGUGAUGCCCAGCAAUCACGGCUCAGCCAUUGGACCAGGCAAUUCUGCCCAUAUCUUCAACAGCUUUCCACACAGUGAUCAUCAAUUUCCUCCAGCAGCAAACAUUGAAAUUCCAGAGUCUGGUCAGUACCAUGAAUCAGGUAGUGCCAAUUACCACAGAAGAACCAGAUCAUCCAAAGCAAAGCCCAACCAAAACUACCUUGACAUCGUUAAAAACUUUGUCUACAGCCCCAAAGAAGAAUACAUCAUGACCCGUCCGAGAGAUGAGUAUAUUGUGGCUCCACAUGAUGUGUUUGGUAAGCCUCCUGAUGACAAGGAUACAUUUUACAUGGCCAUUUCUCCUGAAGUUAAUCCCACAGAGGUUCAGUCCAUCGACCACAAAGGUCUAAUCUCAAAAUACAUUGACUACCUUCUAAUCGAGAAUGAGCACAUCACAGAAAUGUCCAAAUCUGUUUCCAUACCUAUUGAGAAUUGUGUGAUGGAUGACCCUUACUUGAUGGACAUAGUUCGAGUUAAGAUUCCCUUCCCGACUCCAAAGUAUCUACAAUGGCUAAGCUCCUACUACCCCACCAUUCAGGUAGACUGGCCAGCAAUAAAAAAGGAACUGGCUGCCUAUAAUGGAGAUGGAGGGAGAAAACCAAAGAGAACCUAUUUUUUAGACCGCAGGCCCAGUCACAUCCUUUUAGGGGAAUCCUUCUAUUUCUUCCAACGGGAGAAAGACAAGCAAUCAACUGAGAAAUGAUUUCUGUGCUUACAAAUUUAUUGCAUGAAAUAAUGCCAGUUCUUGUUUUGCUUAUUAAGAGAUUUCAUGUUUUACGUCAUAUUUUUUUGCUGUCUACAUAGCCAAGCUACACAAGGGAUCACUGUUUGCCACAAAACACCAUAUUCUUUUCAUUAAUUCAUGGAUCUGACCAACAUCCUUUUUAGGUCACCUGAGUCACUCAGGUGACCUAUUGCUAUCUAUUUUAUCCGUCGUC